AUGUCGGGUGGUUUGGAUCUCACGGGGUGCAAGAAGAGGAAGAGAAGCGAAAGAGUUUAUAAAUUCAAGACAUUUGGCGAGCAUGGUUGCCCGGCAGGGUUUGACAGCCAUAACUUCGAGGAAAACGUUAGAGCUUUCCUGGAGUACGCGAAGCCCGAGAAUGGAUUGUGCGGGGCAAUGCCGAGCUGGUCGUUUCAGCUCGAGGUCCAUCGCCACCCACCGUCAUACGUCUUCCUCUUCGUCGUCGAGGAACCAAUUGAGCUGUCCCUCAACCCCAAAUGCAAGCAUUGCCAAUAUAUAGGAUGGGGUGACCAUCUAAUUUGCAACAAGAAAUACCAUUUUGUGUUCCCAUCAAAGGACACAAUGGCGGCUUGUUUCAGCUUCUGUCAGCGGCAAAGUAGCAGCAACUUGUACGGCGGUGGCGCCGCCACGAAUUCGACGUCGGAGAUCCAACGGCCGAAUGUGAUGAUGAUUGAGUUGGAAGGGCACACCAUGCACGGCGUUUUCCAUUGCAAUGGGUUUGGGCAUUUGCUAUGCAUCAAUGGCUUGGAGAGUGGGUCCAACUUGGCUGGCCAUCAUAUCAUGGACUUUUGGGAUCGCUUGUGCACCGGAUUACAUGCCAGGAGUGUGAGUUUGAAAGAUAGCUCGGAGAAGAGAGGGAUGGAUCUGAGGCUGUUGUACGCGGUGGGAUACGGCGAGGCGUGGUUCGGGCGGUGGGGGUACAAGUUCGGCCACGGCAGCUUCGCCGUGAACCACCAAAUGUAUGAGACGGCCGUCCAAACCGUGCAAAACAUACCGCUAACCCUACUGGCUCAUCACUCGCCAAAUCAACACGAAUUGCUCAUCAUACUCUCAAGGUACCAAAUCCUCUCCGGGCACUCUUUGGGCACUCUUCAUGACGCUUUCCACUUCAUGCUGGAACUCAAAUCCCGCAUCCCUAAAGAUGAAACUAAUCUUGGUGCUUGCUAUCCGGGGCUGUUGGUGGUGGACAGCACUUGUAGAUGGUCGCCCAAACGAGUGGAAAUGGCUAUAAGGGUGAUUGUGGAGGCCUUGAAACGAGCCGAUUACCGGUGGGUUUCUCGGCAGCAAGUUCGAGAUGCAGCUCGUAGCUACAUAGGUGACACUGGGUUGUUGGACUUUGUCCUUAAAUCUCUAGGGAACCACAUAGUUGGCAAGUACCUAGUACGGCGAUGUCUGAACCCAGUGACCAAAGUGUUGGAGUAUUGUUUGGAGGACAUCUCUAAUGCGUUUCCUAAACACGAAGAAAUUCAGGGUGGGGUUAGGGUGAGGAAUGACUCACAAAUGAAGCCUAGGUAUAAAAUCACUAGGGUUCAGCUCAUGAAGGAUGUGCAAUUCCUGUACAAGCAUAUUUUGACGGAAGAGAAUGGGGCGGGGGUUUUGGCGACCAUCCCGGCAGCCUCUCGGGUGAUUUUGGACGCCAAAUACUUUCUCAAGGACUACACGACCCCAAAGUUGUCGGAAACAUCUGAUAAGUUGGUUGUCUGGUGUGCUAUAAAGCUCGGGUUCGACCAAGAAAGAGUGGUGACGCCAUACGAGUGCAUGGUACUAGGGAAGGGUACGACGUUUGAUGAACUAAGGCUCGAGGUGGAGAAGACGUUUAGGGAAAUGUACUGGGGGCUGAGGGUGAACAACUUCGUGGCAAACCUAAACAUCGCCCCCAACGGGUGUGACUCGGUGUUGGAGGCGAUCAAAGAGGGGAGCAAUUGCAAGUUGGUGUUCGAGGGGUUUGUGGGCGGAGAGAAUGUCGACUAUGGAGGGAUGUUUGAAGGGAUAGACAAGAGUAGCAUUAUCGUCGACUGCCCUUGUGGGACUAGGGACGAGGACGAUGGCGAGAGAAUGGUGUGUUGUGAUAUAUGUGAGGUUUGGCAGCACACUCGGUGCGUUCACAUCCCAAACAACCAACCAAUUCCCGAUAUAUUUCUCUGCACCAAGUGCGAGCAACAUAUAUUGCGUUUCCCUUCUCUGCCAUAG